AUGGCCGGACUCAGUUAUAUAUCAAAUCCACAAUGUCAUCCGUUUGUUUACAAAUCCAUCAUAGACGUUUUCAAUGAGAAGGCCGACGAGUUGCCAGACAAGGAAAUAUGUAUUCAUCGCCUUCCCGACGGGUCAAGACGAGCGGUUACAUACGCCAUUUUGCGAAGCAAGGCCGAAAAGGUUGCAAAAUUUCUAGUGUCUAUGGGCGUAAAGGUUGGUAACUCAGUUGGUAUUUUAGGACCUAACUCAAUAGAGUGGAUAGUUGGUGAGCUCGCGAUUCUCAUGACAGGUGCGGUGUCGGUGCAUUUAUCGAAGCCUUGUGGAUCAACAAAGGAAAUUUACCAGUUAUUACAAACUUCCGAUUGCAUGGCAGUUCUACUUGAUCCUGACGGCGACGAGGGAUUGCUCAAUGAUUUAAUACUACUGCAAAAACAAGAAACACCAUCUACGAAAGUUCCUGUUGGUUUCGAGGAAUCAGGAGAACCAUUCGUCGUGAUGUUGAAGAAAUACUCUGGAGUAGAUAUGCCUGACGUUGAAACCAUUGGAAAUGAAAUAGCGGCAAGGAACGCUGUUCUUCCUAAGCAGAUAUGCCCCGAGACAGUAGCAAUCGUUUUUAUGACCUCGGGUUCUACCGGUCAUCCGAAAAUGGUAGAACAUUCUCACUUUGGUUUGGUGAACACUUCUUCCUCUACUAUGUUUUCUAGGGGUCUUGAUAUCGUCGCAGGUUGCGGAGCGAUGUACAACGACAGACCUUUCGCUUGGAUUGGAGGAACAUGCAUUUAUAAUCUGAUUCAUGGCGACACCCGUGUGUUUAGAGAUGGACGGCUUAGUCUCAAGGAAACUGGUGUGAUUGGUCUAUGGCAGAACAUAGUGGAAGAAAAAUGUACAUAUGCUCUGUUAUUGCCAUUUACUUUACUAGAUCUUCUUGCCAACGAACAAGAAAUCAUGAAAAGCAACCAUUGUCUGAACACAAUUGUCACAGGAGGUCAAAUAGUGGCUUCACAGAUUGCUGACGUUUGCGGCAAAUUCUGUGACUCUUUAGUGAUAGGAUAUGGUUCAACUGAAUUAUCUAUUGUAACAUGCACUUAUAUGACGAACAAAACAGAUGUUGGUGAAGUUGGUAGUUUGUUUGACGGAGUAGAGUUGAAAGUUAUCGACGAAGAUUUCUAUGUGGUACCUCGGGGUAAGAUCGGCGAAAUCUAUGUCAAAUGUCCCUGGAUGCUGAAAGGAUACAGAAACGCAACAAAACUGCAACAAAUGUCUUUUACCGACGGGUGGAUGAAAACCGGUGAUAUAGGAGUAAUGAAAAUGGAUGGCAACCUUUUCAUAAAAGGCAAAGAAGAAAGCGUCAUCAAACGAUUAACUCGUAAAGUAAUGUCGGGAGAUGUUGAAGAAUGCAUCGCUGAAAUACCAGAGGUAAAAAAGGUUUCCGUUGUUGCUAUUCCAGAUCAACGGCUGUACGAGGACGUUUGUGCAUGCGUUGUUUUAGACCAAAACACAUAUGUGACUAUGACGGAUGUUGAGCUGCACUGCAGGCAAAGACUUGGUGACAAUAUUACUGGUGAUGCCCCUACGUAUUAUCUACAGUUUGAGUCAAUACCUGUACUCAGCUCGGGGAAACCGGACAAAAACAAAGUAAAAGAGGAUGCUUUGAAGAUGCUUUGUCUGUAG